AUGGGGAAGCAGAGGAAAGUAUUCGUUGCUAAUACUAUCACGUCUGAACUGUUAAUGAUCGCAAGAAUCAAUGUGUUAAACAAACACUCCCAAGCGGUCAAUUGUCGGACCUUGAUAGACACAUGUGCAACGACAAAUUUCAUUUCCGAGGGCUUUGCGAAGCAGCUCGGAAUCCAACAACGAAGAUAUCACAUCCCCAUUGACGGCCUCAAUACAAUCUCCACGGUCGCAAGAGCCACCCUCAAAACAACAAUCAAAUCUCGCAAUAGCAAUUACUCACGGACACUCACAUUUUUAAUAGUUCCUAAGAUUUUCUCCGUCAUACCCGAAAACCGAUCAAAAAUCAAAAUACCAAAGAACAUCAAGCUAGCCGAUCCAACUUUCGACCUGCGCCAGAGUGCACCGACCACCAGUGCGACUCACGCAACCAAGUGCCACUCCAUAACCACUUUACAAGCUGACCUUACUCGCUUCUGGAAAAUCGAGGAAGGGCCGCAGAUACAAAGAUUAUCGGAAUCCGACGCGGCGUGUGAAAAACACUUUCGCACCCAUACUACACGCAAUUCCGAAGGAAGGUACGUUGUCACGUUGCCGUUCAAUAACAAGAAACAGCAGCUCGACGAAUCUAGAGCAUAG